CUUUUCAAAAAAAAACUACACGGCAUUCAUAAGACAAGUUCAGUUUUGGGUUCAUUUUCGGGUUUUUGUUACUUGGUUCACUCGAAUGGCGACAUCCUUGUCAAACAUGUUCUUGAAGGGAAUCGCAGCUCGUUCUCUCAGCAGACCCUUAAAUGGGUUGUUUUAUUGCACAAGAUACUCGACUACUGUGUCAAAUGAUUCUGACACGCAUGAUGACUUCAAGCCAGCUAAUAAGCUUGAGAAUUCUGGCAUUUCUUUGUCAAAUGUUAUUGAGCAGGAUGUCAAGGAUAAUCCUGUUAUGGUUUACAUGAAAGGUGUGCCUGAUUUUCCACAAUGUGGAUUUAGUUCGCUUGCUGUAAGAGUUUUAAAACACUAUGAUGUUCCUAUUAGUGCUAGAAACAUUUUGGAUGAUCCUGACCUUAAAAAUGCUGUAAAAGCCUUCAGUAACUGGCCAACAUUUCCUCAAAUUUUCAUCAAGGGAGAGUUUAUUGGUGGAUCAGAUAUUGUUCUCAAUAUGCACCAGACUGGUGAAUUGAAGGAAAAGCUUAAAGAUAUUACUUCCAAGCAGUGAACACACGCCUAAGGUGAAGAAGUUUUAAGAGAUGUAGUUUACAAGAACUUGCUUAUCAACUAUUAAGAGAUGUGAAUACUUUGUACUUUAAUUUCUGGAUUAUAUUCAAAUAAGAAGUUUCAACAUUCCUGUAUAUACGAUUUUUUCUUCGUAUUUUAUUCCUCGUUGUGCCUCGCUUUAAUAUUG